AUGGCCGCCUCGGCUCAAGCUCCAAAGACUUUGCCCAUCUUCAGCCUUGAGGGCAAAACUGCUUGCGUCGAUCUCGACCUGGACGCCGGCCGAACAGCGGCGGAGGAGAUUUCCGCCGAGGUCUCCCUCCCAGAAGGCUCGAUUCGUCCAUAUGCCUGUAAUGUCACAAAUGAAGAUCAGGUGGAAAAGACUGUGAGCCAAGUUGUGCAAGAUUUUGGCCAGGUCGACGUGCUCGUCACCUGUGCUGGCACUUGCAUCGCUCGGCCGACCGCGGAAACGGAUCUUGCCCUCUGGCGUAAAGUACUCGACGUCAAUCUGGAUGGAACCUACCUCUUUGCUCGCAGCGUGGGCAAGCACUUGUUGGAACGUGGCGCCGGUGGAAGCAUGGUCUUUAUCGCGAGCGUUGCCGGCACACAAGUUCCAACACCUCAGACGCAGGCUUCUUACAACGCCUCCAAAGCCGCGUUGAAGCUGCUUGCCGCUUCACUUGGAAAAGAAUGGGCAUCGAACGGUAUUCGCGUCAACUGUUUAAGCCCAGGGUACAUGGACACUAAGCUCCUAGCCGACACAGCGACCACUGUUCCUGUCUCUGACGCCAAAGAUCAGUGGCUCAAACAGAUCCCCAUGGGUUGGCUCUAUUCACAAAUACUCCCUCGGGUACAGGCCCUUACUGACCAGCCACAGGUCGUUUUGCGCGUUCCGAUGAGCUUGGCGCCUCUUUGGUAA